ACGUCCCGGCAGGGAGGCGGCCUCGGGCCCCGCCCCUUCAUUAACCAGGAAGGUAACCUCACCGAAAUCCGUCCGGGGAACGUGAAAACGUCCCGGCGUAUCGGAGAAAAGCUGUCCCAGCACACAGACUGCCAGCUGAGCUACGCUGACAAGAGGAUAAACAACAUAUUUCUAGAUUGAACUCCAGCCGCGUUCGUGGUUAACUGAAUAAAGUAGCUGUUAGCGCGCACGGUUAGCUUGUUUGCUAACUUUAAUAGAAAUCCUUGGCGAGCUUGUGACGCCUUAGGGAGUCAUCUCGAUUUUAACACCCCUUUAACAUUUCACCAUGGGAUCCAGAGCAUCCAGAUUACUCCGAGAAGAGGAAAUUGAAGAAAUUAAGAAGGAAACUGGCUUCUCCCACAGUCAGAUCACUCGCCUGUACAGCCGCUUCACCAGCCUGGAUAAAGGAGAAAACGGCACCCUCAGUCGAGAAGAUUUCCAGAGGAUCCCUGAGUUGGCCAUCAACCCUCUGGGAGACAGAAUCAUCAAUGCAUUCUUUCCUGAGGGAGAGGACCAGGUAAACUUCAGUGGGUUCAUGCGAACCCUGGCUCAUUUCAGACCAAUCGAAGACAAUGAGAAGAACAAGAACGCCUCAGCCUCUGAGCCACUCAACAGCAGGACAAACAAGCUGCUCUUUGCUUUCCGUCUGUACGACCUGGACAGAGAUGACAAAAUCUCUCGGGAUGAGCUGCUGCAGGUUUUGAGGAUGAUGGUUGGCGUCAACAUUUCAGAUGAGCAGCUUGGCAGCAUUGCUGAUAGGACCAUCCAGGAGGCUGACACAAAUGGAGAUAACUGCAUUUCCUUCAAUGAAUUUAUCAAGGUCUUGGAAAAGGUGGACGUGGAACAGAAGAUGAGCAUCCGGUGUCCUGCACUAAAGUUUCUUUUUUUUUUCUCUCUUUUUUUUGAAAUCUUAUUAGAGUAGAGCUUGAUCAUAUCAGUUGAUGUCAGGACACAACCUCAUCCAGCUUCUCAGCGGGCUGCUGUGGCCCACACUAUGGGUUCAUUCUGUCAGGCCAAGCAUCGGGUAGAUGACGUAAUUAACCUUGAGUUUUCUUUCUGCCUUUGCACUGCUCUGUAAACAAAGGGGAAAAGUUGCGUGCCUUGGGUUUGUUUUAUGCAAUGUCACUGUGUAUUUUUUCCUCCCAAUAAUGAUACAUUAUUUAUUAGAACACUUUUAGAGGGUAACAGUUAUUACCACUCCUGUUCAUUUUUCACAUGAAAACUGAUUUAUAGCACGGUAUAUACGCUUUUUGCUAUGCAGUGAGUAAGUUAUAAGUUCACUCAUGCUGUUUCACUGAUAUUAGCGAAAUCUACGUCUUGUCCCUGUAAAUAUGCAAAGAUUCAAAAAUGUGUGAUUCUGCUUCAGAAAAGUCAGUGUUUUUAAUUCCAUCAUGAUCUUAUGAUCUUCCUUUGAGUGAGCCAGACCAGCCACUCUCGAUUGUUUCUUGAAGCAAAGUGGGACCCGUCCCUCGGGUGGUUUCUUGCUCAGUGAAGUGUCUGUUUCCCCCUUUGUAACUUAUUAGCUAAACGGUAAACAGAACCCAUGAUCGUGCUUGUGUGUUCUUUUUCAUAUAAUCAACAGAACUAUUGCCAGUAGACUCUAAAGCUACUUAUAGCUGCUCCGUCAUUCACAGCAGGUAGCACCACGUUUGAUUUUGCUUGUUUUUUUUUUUUUUGUUUUUUUUAUAAUUUAAACAUCAGAUGCCUUUGCUGAUCGGGAUCGAAUCACUAGAAUUUGUCAUUUGUUUGAUAAAUGUGUAAAUCACUACACCAUGGAGUCACUACUUCUAGUAAGACUGUAAUUGUGGUCCUUUUGGAGCCACUGCUUGUUAGUGUGAUGUUAAAGGAUGGCUCACUCAAUUAGAGGUGAAAGCAAUGCUGUGAAGAUCUCAAAAUGCUGCUUUCUCUUCAGCAUUGGAGACUUUCCCAGCAUGUUUUCUGAUAUCCUCAAAAUGUAUCUGGCACCCGGACCAGCCCUCAAAGCUUUGAGACUUAAUGAAGCCCUGGCUGUGAGAAUUGAGUUGGAAAUUGGGCCGUGGAGCAGGUAGUUUGACUUAGAGCAUGUAAAGAUAACACAUGAUGCUUCUAUUUAUUUGAUCAGUUUCCCUGCACAUAAGAAAAAGUGUUGAUUUCUGCUCUGCUCCACAUUUGUCAUGAUUUCUUUCCUCACUGAUCAGCUCCUGAGACUAAAGAGUAUUCCUUUAUUUUUUUUUGUUGCACAGCCUAGUGUGCGUGAACUGGAAAGCAGAUUUCCGGCCCUUUUUAUUAAUCUUUAAGUGUGAGUCGAAAUCAUUACAAGAACAACCCUCCAGCGCAGGGAAAAAGAAAAAAAACAUUUCAACCCAUUUUGUCAAUCAUUCUGUGAUUAUUAGUCAGAUGUGAAUCAUGUUAUGUGAUGCUGGUCUUGGUAUUAUCAAAGUGAUUCAGUAAUUUGAUUUGAAUAAAAAUUAGUGCCAUGCU